GGUGACGCCACAUGAACGUAAACUUCCGGGAGACAUUUUAACUUUUUGUUAGGUUUUUCCGGAUAACUUAUAUCUUCGUUUAACAGUUUAAUGUAAAGACAUCGGUUCAUAUUUGUGCAUCAUAAUAUUAAACAAAUCACAAUUGAAAGCUAGUGUACGCUCGUUUUUCCUAUCUGGGAAGAGGCUGAAGACAAAAUGAGCUUCCUUUUCGGAAAUCGCGCGAGUAAAACGUUCAAGCCAAAGAAGAAUAUUCCUGAGGGAACGCACCAGUAUGACCUGAUGAAACACGCAGCGGCGACGCUGGGAAGCGGAAACCUGCGACUCGCCGUCAUGCUGCCGGAGGGAGAGGACCUCAACGAAUGGGUCGCAGUGAACACCGUCGACUUCUUCAAUCAAAUAAACAUGCUCUACGGAACGAUAACGGAGUUCUGCACGCCGGAGACAUGCCCCAUAAUGUCGGCAGGACCCAAGUAUGAGUACCACUGGGCCGACGGACAGGCGGUAAAGAAACCUAUAAAAUGCUCGGCACCAAAAUACAUAGACUAUCUCAUGACUUGGGUACAAGAUCAGCUAGACGACGAAACGCUAUUCCCAUCCAAAAUAGGCGUUCCGUUUCCAAAGAAUUUCCUGUCGUGCGCUAAGACUAUACUGAAACGAUUGUUUCGAGUCUACGCGCACAUAUACCAUCAGCAUUUCAGCGAAGUCGUGCAGCUGGGAGAAGAGGCACAUCUAAACACGUCGUUUAAGCAUUUCAUCUUCUUCGUACAGGUAAGCGACGUGGAGCCACUUGCAGAAGAGUAG